UACUGGCUUUGAUUUUGUAAAAUCGUGAGCUCCAAGUUAUUAUGAAACAAUGCUAUAUUAAUGUUUGGCGACUAAUAUCUCUGACACCCAAAAACUAUCGCAUAACUAUUGUGGCUGUGCGAUUAAUACUUGUGCCUUAAAGAUUUAUGAGUCUAGUUCACGCUGGCAAAUCGAUAACCUCCGAUGGUCGAGAUUAUUAUCACUGGCCGCUGCAAUAAGAAGAAUAUUGAAAUCGUGGUGAUAAUAUUGUGAAGCGGAUUAUUUGUGUGGGUUCUCUAUUAACGGGAAGGAGCCAAACCAUUGGGCAGCCCAGGUUACUUUGAACAGAGUGGUCACUGGUCAUAGCAGCACCCCUAAACAUUUCCGACAGUUCAUAUCCCCAAUCACGGUGACUUCAUACUAUCCGGAAACCACAGAAAGCACGGGAACAUAAUAUAUUUCUACAGCUCCACACAACUGGAAUCAUUGGGUGUGUAUACAGUCGACCCUGGCAGUGAUCGUCCACGUCAAGGUUGUCGUGGCUUUAUCGCUCCAUGCUACCGAACCUCUAAGAAACAGAGAAGUCUUCAUGAGCAAUACGGUUGGGCAUACAAACAGACAACAGAUUCCAGGUGGUAGGAGACAAUGCAUGAAGCCUCCACAUCAUGGAAUCUGUCUGUUGCUGGUUCACUGGCUUUCAUGGGAAUUUAGUAUGGUCUUCUUCCUUGACUGAAAUAUAUUGGUUAUCUGGAUCUGCAUGGUUUUGGAUGAAUCUAGAGAUCUCCUGAUGCACAUUUUUUUUUUGUGGUUGUACUUUUGAAGAUCGUGGGCAGCCAUGAUUGUUGUUGCUGGCCAAAGGAAGAAAGCUGGGCAAACUGCCAUUUUGUCAUAUAUCUUGUCCAAAUAUGUCUCUUCCCCAAUUCAUUCUUUGGUUAUUUUGAAAAAGUUUGCUGAAGUUUUACAUAUAAAUUCGUAUGGUCAGAGUGGGGUUACAUGUGCCAACCUGUCAGCAUCCUUGGGCUGUUAUCAGGAUGUGUGUAGUUUUAAAAGCAUUUCUUGUUCCUUGACCUUAAAUCGUUCUAGCAUAAGUAAAUUUGGCUUCUCUCAUGAAAAAGAUAAUUUUAACCUUGAAUUUUCUCUUAAUAGAUUGAUCUAUUUUAGCCCUUCAUGGCAACAUGUAGCUUUUGCAAGGUCUCUUACAAUUUUGAGGCAAGCUCGCAAUCCAGCAGCAUUAGCUGAGGAAUUGGAAAGUUCCCUAGAGGAUCACAGGAUUGAAGAUGCCUGGAAGGGCUAUGAGCAUUACAAGCAAUUAGAGGGUUUUCCAAGAAAGUCUCUUUUAAAUAGGUUGAUUUGUGUAUUGACAAACUCUGGAGAUAUAGAAUGGCUCGAUAAAGCUUAUUCUUUAGUCCUCACAGUUAUUGAGGAGAAGAAGUGGGAACUACUGGACCAUGAUUCUUUAAUACUUUUAUGUGAGAGCCUUGCAAAAGUAGAAAUGCCUAUUCCGGCUUCCACUAUUCUGAGAACAAUGGUAGACAUGCAACAAUAUCCAUCUGUGAAUAUUUGGAGUGCUGUGAUAACAGACAUGUCUAAAACAGUGAAUGGCGCAUAUCUCGCAUCAGAACUAGUUAUUGAAAUGUGUUAUUUCUUCAAAGAUGGAAGGUUGGAUCCACGGAAGAGAAAAAAUGCUCCAUUGCUUGCCAUGAAACCAAACACUGCAGCUUUUAACAUUGCUCUGAAUGCUGCUCUGGGAUUUGGGAUGGCCAAAAAAGCUGAGAAGCUUUUAGAGCUGAUGCCACGAGUAGGUGUGAAACCUGAUGCUACUACUUUCACUAUAAUGAUUGAUGUCUACGAGAAAAAUGGUCGCAGAGAUGAGUUGAUUAAACUAAAGAGGCAUAUUGAUGAAACUCCUGGAACGCUUGAUCUUCAAUAUCAAAAGUUUUACAGUAGCCUGCUGAUGUCCCACCUGAACUUCAGUGAUCUGGAUGCUGCCUCUGAUGUUAUACUGGGAAUGCUAAAACGGGCAAAGGCAGCUCGGAGCUCUCUAGCUGCAGCCAAAUUGGUAUUGUCAGCUGUAGAGAUGAAUCCACAGAGGCCUAGUACAGAGGUGCAUAAUGCACCUCAGGUUCAAGAUGAGCUACAAGAGAAAUCUUCAGCUUCCAUUAUGAUUGACAAGGUUCCUAGGCAGUUAGAAGGAUCUUUAGAAUCUAGAAAAAUACACAGCAAUUCCAUGAUCAGGGCUGAGGCUGAGAAUUUGCAUAUGCAAUCCACAGUAGAAGUUAGUUGUAGAGAGCUGGUUAGCCAAGAAAAUCGUAUACUUAUUCCAAAUGAGAAAGCCUAUGCGAAACUUGUGAAGGGCUACUUGGAAGUGGACAGGGUUUCUGAUUUGGCUGAUUUUCUCAUCAAAGUACAUCGGGAGGAGGGCUCUGUCUCCACAGAAAAUUCUCCUAGUGCUCAGGUGAUUGAUGCUUGUAUUGCAUUGGGUUGGAUAGACAGGGCACAUGAUAUUCUUGAUGAAGUAACUGCAGCUGAGGUUCCAGUAGGAGCUGGGGUUUACUCUUCACUCCUGAAAGCUUACUGCAAAGCACAACGACAUACAGAGGCUGCUAUACUUCUCAAGGAAGUCAGGAAGGCAGGACUUCAGCUUGAUGCCAGCUGCUAUGACGAUCUAAUUGAGUUACGUGUGUCAGACAGGGACCUGCAUGGUGCUUUGGAUCUCUUCACAGAGAUGAAAGAGGCAAAGAUCUCAUCAUCGACAAAUAACUACCAGUCACUGACAGAAUUUGCAAAUCAAAGUAAACCAGAUUUGAGGAUCCAUUUGCUGGAGGAAGUAAAAGAUGAUCAAGCAGAUGCUGUUGGUGUGCACGAUUGGAAUUCUGUCAUAGACUUCUUCUGCAAGAAACAGCUAAUGCAUGAUGCAGUGAAGGCUUUCAAGAAGAUGAAAAAGCUAGGCUAUCAGCCUAAUUCACAGACAUUUUAUUCUUUGGUACAUGGUUACUACACUGCAGGAGGCAAGUAUGAAGAGAUAAUAAUGCUAUGGACAGUUAUGAAGAAGAUGGCAUCAAAGGUUUCAAAAACUGGAGUAAAGCCCUUACGGUUUGAUCAAGAACUUCUUGACAAUAUUUUGUAUGUGUUUGUCAGAGGGGGCUUUUUCGAAAGUGCUCUUGAAGUGAUUUCUAUUAUGGAGCAGGAGAAUAUGUUUAUAGACAAAGUUAAGUACAGACAGGUUUAUUUGAAGUAUCAUAGAAACCUUGCUACAAAUAAGAAAACUCGCAAAGUACAAACUGAAGUGCAAUUUACAAAAAGAGAGCAGGCAAUGGCUUAUAAAAGAUGGGCAGGCUUAGAUUAAAUAUCUUCUUAUAUUUUUCACACCUUUCAUGGUUUUGAGCCCAAGGAUGAGUACUACAUCAGUGGAAUUGAUCAAAAAGUGAGAGCUCUUCAAUUAAAUAGGGAGUUUGAGUGUGUUGGUGUAAGGUGGGUUUCCUUAUGCUUUGACAGUUCCAACAGGCAUUUGGAGGAGCUAAAUCAUUUCAAAUCACAAACACUGGUACCUUUGGGGAAGCUCAGAGUAUUUGAAUGUGAUCUAGAAGGGACGAAUUGUGGAUUUGUUGAAGAAUAUCUAGAAUCUACGAUUCGUCUUCCUUCAAAACCUAUGGAAUGAGGGUUUGAACAUUUCAUAUUCUCGUAACUUUUACAUGGUGUCAACUCAUUUUACUUUUGCAACCUAAUUUGUAAAUCAUAUUUGUUUCUCAAUUAUUACACUAUAUUCAUCUUCAUGAAAAUGAGAAAUCUCACCAUGUAAUAAGCACAGUUUCAAUCAAUAUAUCUCUUCCUUGAGAUUAGGGAAAUAAGUUCCAGCCAUGCUCAUUGGUGUCUACUACAUGGAAGCUCUGUUUGGUCUCUACACAUGCAAAGUUACUAUCAUGUAUGAUUAAUUUUGCCGAGUGAAAUACUCCCCAAAUGGAAUUUAUUUUUACGGCACUAGCAUUCAAUGAAAAACUAAACUCGCUUGUUAAUUGAGUCUCGCAGAAAGAUGCUGCCAAUUAUUAUCUGCAGACAUGAAAUAAUAGAAUCAUACAUUA